AGCUAUAAGCGCACACAAGAUCCAUCCAUCCAUUCCAUCCUCUCCUUUGCCAGCCAUGGAGAACGUCCAGUACCACCACCACCACGCCGCCGCCCGCCGUUCCAGUUCCCCUCUCCCUCCCCCUCCGUCCCCGCCGCUGUCCCCGGAGUCGGCCGCCGCGGAGGCGCUGGCGAACGCGCGGUGGACGCCGACCAAGGAGCAGAUCACCGUGCUGGAGGGGCUGUACCAGGAGGGGAUGCGCACCCCCACCGCGGAGCAGAUACAGCAUCUGACGGCGCGGCUGCGCGAGCACGGCCCCAUCGAGGGCAAGAACGUCUUCUACUGGUUCCAGAACCACAAGGCCCGCCUGCGCCAGAAGCAGAAGCAGCAGACCUUCGAGUACUUCGCCAGGCAGUUCCAACGGCCCCAGCCGCUGCCCAUCCUCCACAGGGCUCCCGGCUACCCCUACCCGCUCACCGGCGCCGCCCCGCCGUCGCCGCAGAUGAUUACGCAAGCGCCGCCGCCGCAACACCCUGCAUGCAACAACAGGGAAGGUAUGAAUGACUAUGAACCCCGCUACCCUUUCGGCGCCAUUAAUUUGUUAAAUCUUCUUUUGGCAUGUACUCCGUAUGUCUUGAUAUGGAUUAGGCUCUCAAGGUUUUGUGCGUCUCCUAGCUUUGGCUUUACAUCUGGGUUUAGCUGGAAAGGAUAUGGAUCUAGGAAUUGCCAUUUUUACUCACGUCCUUCAUGCAUCUGGUACGUGGUCAAAGCUGAUAGGGGUGGUGACGUUAGGAUCAGCUGUUUUCUUUCAUGCAUAUAUGGACUAUAUGGGGGGGAAAGAUACUGCUGCUGCUACCCUUUUGUAGCUCUUUUAAUCUUCUGUGCCCCUGCGCAUGCAUGCCCCAGGCAGCAGCAAGGGUACAUGACCGGACACGCCGCGGCACAUGCAGCCUACUGCUCGCAGCCGCAGCAGCCAAGGAUGGACAUGCCGCGUGACAACGUCCCGGCGCAGCAGGCACCGGCGAGCGCUGUGUACUACCAGCACCCCGCUGGGGCCAACGCGAGCAUCCAACAACAGCGCCGCGUGCUGCACUCCUCUCCGGCGACCACUGGCGGCCACACAGCGGUGAACGCCCGUCCCGUCCAGCCCCAGACUCUGAACCUGUUCCCGCUGCACCCCACCUUCGCGUACCGCGAGAAGAAGAAGGCGCGCCGCCCUGGGACCGCCAGCUCCGCAAUGCCGUCCGCCUCCGCGUCCUUCUCUUGGGAGUCGGAGAGCUCGGAGAGCCACAACGGCGAGUCCUCGGUGCCGUUCUUCGACUUCUUUAGCCUCGGUUCUGGAGGCUGCUGAUUAAGCGGGAGCCGCAGUGAAGAUGAUGCAUGAUGAAUUGCCGUCUGGUACGCUCAAAGUUGUUGAACUCUGUAGGCUGCUAUCUCUCUCGUGGCCGAGCGACUUGGUGGAUGGGCCUGUUGCGUUUCGGCAGAUAUAUUCGCGAUAUCUUGGUUUAAUUACAGUUAUAGAACAAAAAUGUACUGUUUCAUGAACCUGAAGCGUGUGCAU